AUGCCUUCCUUUACAUACCUUGCGGUCGCCAUUCUCGCCGCACUCGCUGCGUCGGGUUCUGUGCACGCGCACGAGCCCUCGCAGGUUCCCGGAUGCGCAUGGACUUGCGCGCCGUACGACAAGAACAACUAUCCGCUCGACCAGAAUUCGUCCGGCCCGGUCGAGAACACGCUCAUCUGCCAGUAUGAGGACCCAACGCUCACGUACAACCUUUGCACAUUCUCUUCGAUCGACGGUUCCGUCAUCAACAACAGGGGAGGUGUGUGUCCCGACCCGACAUACCGGUGUACUGCGCAACGGCGCUACAAGUCGGAGGAUAACUUCACCGCCGUCAUGAGAAAGAAGAGGGCUGCCGGUCCCGCACCUCCCCAGACGUCUCGUCCAGAUUAUCUCCCAGGUCGUGCAAUGGGUCAAAUGCGUAUCUAA